AACUGAAAAAAAAAACAUUUAUAGUCCAACUUCGAGCACGAAACUCCAACUCCGAACUCCAAACUCCGCUUGUUGAUGUUUUGUGGCAAAGCAAUAAAAACUGUAAUUAGCGCGUGCUUGUGGAUUCGCAAAAUUUAAUUAGCAAGCAAUGCGGUGGUGAAAAGUGGAAAGUGAAAAUAUAUAAACAAACUAACUCUUCGGAAGGGCAGCAUAAAAACUAAGCGAACAAAAAACAAUAUAAACGAAAUGCAGUUUCCGAAUGAUUAGUGCAACAAAGCGACCACAGAAUAAUCUAAUUUGCGUUGGCAUUCAAAUCAGAUUACAAGCUUAAAUACUUGUACAAUCUGGCAUUACUCGCAUGAUUUAAACUUUCUAUGAAAAAAAUAGAUAAAUUAAUAAAUAAAUAUUUACAUUUUACAGUGAUGUAAGAAAGCAUCAUAAGUGAAAAGUAUUUUAUGUGGUUAUAAAGUGACUUGAAAAUUAUCAACAAGCUUGAAUUUGAAAAUAUAAAUUGGAAACUGGAUAUCUUAUCAACUGCAGAAGAAGUGAUUAACUAUUCCUUAGGCCAGCGAUGAAUGCAGGUGCUGUGUAAGUGCCACUGCCGUGGAGAGGAGAUCCGAAUCCGGAGAUCCUGGUGGAAUCAAAGCCGGAACGUGACUUUUGCCAAAAGUGAAUUGAGCCACCGCAGCGAUAAAAGCGAUAAAAGAGCUGCCAUGCCAACCGGCGAGUGUCGCUAGGACACUCUUUAUCGCCUGGCCGAGAUAAAGGAUACAGGUGCAACCGUGAUGAGACCCGCUGACAUCUAUUGGGGCUUCACCCCCCUGUCCCUGCUCCUCAUCCUCGUCCUGCAGCUCCUGGCAUCGGCUGCAGGGACUCCGGUGCCUGCGAAUCCACAUCCCUGUGCCCACAAGGGCAUGGCCGAGCUGAUUCGCAGCAGUCCGGUGAUUGUCAAGGCCCUCGCCGCCCGGGUUUUCACCGAUGAGAUGGACGCCUCCUCCCCGCAGGACACGAUUUUAAUAACAUUAACGCCGGAAACGAUAUACAAGGGCUCGUCCCUGCUGAAAAUGGCCAACGGCGGUGGCGAUUCCGAGGACCCAAUGUCCCGGCGAGCCGGCGGUCUGAUGUCCUGGAGCUCGGGACACAGGAGCAGAAGCUCCGGGGGAUCCGCGGGAGGAGGUGGUUCCUCCUGGAGUGGCGGUGCUGCUGAGUCAGCCUUUCAGUACGAGGGGCAGCUAAAUGCGACCCUCCAGCCACUGCGUUGUUUCGAUAAUAACAUGCUGAGAAUGCUGCCGGCUGAAUUAAUUGCCUUUGGCAAACUUCUGCCCGCUGCGUCGGCGGCGUCUGCGUCGUCAUCCUCCGGAGGCGGAAGUGCUGCCGCUGCCGCGCGACCCGCACAGUUGCAACGACCGCCCGUGGGCGGCGCCACUGAUGUGCUGCAAAUCAGCGUCAACGGUCUGCAUCGCUGGACGCCGCAGUUCGAGAAUCAUAUCUGGAAGCAUUUGGGCUGGGAUGAUUGGAGCGACUUCACCCUGUGCAGUGUCACCUGUGGCCAGGGGGUGCAGCAGCGCUUCCGGCGCUGCCUGCUGGACAAUCCGCUGGUGGACAUGAACAUGAACAUAAACCUGGCGGAGGACGAUGAGGAUGACGAGGACGAGGCGGUGGAUGCUGAUGAUGAGGUUGCAGUCGAGCUGACCGUUUCCAAGGAGGCGGACACUUUCAGCGAUGGCAAUAACGAUCUGCUGGCCGAUGAUGGGGAUGAGAACGACCUGCUCAUAAUGCGAGCGAGUGGCGACGAGUCGUUGCAUAAAUUUGACCAAGCUACGACGAUAAUGCCGCAGACCAGAGGCCGUUCUCCAGUCCAUUCUCAUUCGAAUCCGAGUGCCAGUCCCCCGGGAGAAACAAGCGGCGGUAAUGAACCACCAGCAGAAGGAGGAAGAGUAGGAGGUUCUGACCAAAGUGUCAGGUUUGUGCCGACUGCACGCAAUGACCGGGAUGGGAAUCGAGUUGCAGUGGGAGGAGGAGGAGUUACCCCUAGAGUUGGCACCAGGAAGGCACGUGCCAGCAAUCAGCACAAGAAACACAGGCCUGCCAAAAGUGUGGCCCUGUCCACACUCCUCUGCGAGGGUUACAACAUCGAGCAGCGCAACUGCAACAGUUUCGAGUGCAGCGAUGAUAUAAGUGAUCUGCUAAAAUUCUACAAGAAGCUGCCGAUGGGCGAAGAGCUGCCCACCCAAUCCUCGGAUGCCUCCUUCGCCUCCUCCUACGUGGAUCCGUAUUCGAAUGCGGAUAUCACCACGGUGGGUUUGAUGGGCACUGCCUUUAGUCCAACACCCUCGACGCCCUACAAUAUGGGCUACAUCCGCAGCUGGAGGAACCUGCUUAAUUUCACACUGAUGGUUACUCUAAGAUCCAAGAACGAUACCAAAAACACGGCGACCAUAUUCUCCAUUCGCAACGCCACCCACAAUCUUUAUCUGGAGGCCUGCCAGGAUGGACUGCGUCUGUAUCUCGAGCGGGACAAUGCGACGGAAAUGUUGCCGGUGAAAUUCAAUUUAUACGAUUAUCGCUGGCAUCAAGUGGCUAUCAGCAUACAGAAUGGCGAUUUCAUAUCGAUUUACGUCGAUUGCGCGUGGACAAACAGUUUCGUCGUCUCCAAGCGACUUUUCACGUUGCCCGUGGACGCGGAUGUGGAAAUUGGACGCGGCUUUAAUGGGGAGCUGCAGCAACUUCUCGUCCUGCCGGAGAACCAGGAAAGGCUGCAGUGCAGCAACAAGCGCACCUCCAUCAACGAGGUGAAGCGCUACAUCAUCGACACAUUCAUCGAGGACUACAAUGGCAAUUGAAACCAAUGAAACCGAUGAAACCGGGAAGGCCAAUCGACCGAAAGCCACUGAAUAUGAAUAGGCAAGCAAAAAUAUGCGAUAUGCGUAUAUUAUAUUGCGGCCAAAAUCCGAUUACAAAUUCGGCAAAUCAAAACUGCAUAGAUUUAUGAUUAUUCAUUUCAUUUGCAUAUAUAUAUUCAUAUAUGUAAGGGCAGAAAAGAGUAUGUGCAACUAUACAUACUAAUAUUACGCAUACGCCAUGUGAUUUAUGCGCUAGCAAACAGCGCACUCCACUCCACAAAAAACAGCAUAAUAACCAUAACCAGUCAGUAAAAUUCGAUUACGGACACAUUAUGGAAGAAUAUUUAUAAUAAUUAAGCUAAUUUGACGUAAUACAAUAAUUGUAAACGCAGAAAUUAAUACAAUUUGCAUAGCGAAAGGCCAAGGCAAAUGCAGAAAAAUAAGAGAAUGAUCAAAUAUAACGCAACUAUGUAUAUGGUAA